GGUGGAAGGAGCCACGGAACCAAGAAGAUCACCAAGCGAGGAGACGGACACUGUGGAUUUCACCCGAUCGAUAGGAGGGCCCUUAGUAGCAGAAGCAGCAACAGCAGCGGAGCAAACAGGAUCAUCCCGGACUAUCUGCCGCUUCUCCCCCGAUAGUGGACGCCGCCAAAAAAGUCCGGAUUCAUCAAUGCCGGCCGAAUCAAGGACACGGUCCUAUAUACUCCUGCUACUAUUCAUUAUUCGACCCGUAGUGCUGGAAACAAAACAUGACGUGAAAAUUCAUCUACAGAACUUAGGACGACAACCUAUCCUGAUAUUUCACCAAGGAGAAGGACGACUCAGACUGGACUACAAAUAUUAUAUACACCAUUUUAAUCUCACCAUCAUUAGAACACAAAUCAAAGGCCUCAGAGAUCAAUUUGAUAACUUUAGCAAAAACCAGUUCACGGAUUUAAUAGUUGAAAAAUUUAACGAAAUAGAUUUCGCUUUAAAAAGCAUAGACCCAAUUAGAAGACAUAAGCGCUGGGAUAGUUUAGGUACGAUUUGGAAAUUCUUAGCUGGUAGCCCAGACGCCAACGAUUUGAAAAUUAUAAAUUCAUCCAUAAAUAAUCUCAUCAUUAAUAAUAAUGAACAAGUAAAAAUAAAUCGCGAAGUUAAUUUACAACUAAAAGAGGCUAUAUUUCAAACAAAAAAAGCAAUACAGUUAUUUAACGUUAGAUCAAUAGAAAUGUACUGUACUAAACUCUUAUUUCACUUGAAUUUCUUGUCUGAAAAACUAAAUCAAAUUAUUAAUACUAUAAUGCUAGCUAAAUUAGGAUUAGUUAAUGAACAAAUUUUAAGCCAAAGAGAAAUUGACAUUUUAAUUACAGACUUAGCUAGGGAAAAUAUUACAGUUCACACUGCUGUGGAGGCAACAAAUUAUGCGACGACGUCGGUAGCAUCGAAUAACUUAGAGAUUGCCCUUAUCAUCAAGAUGCCAAAGCUAGACCCAAGGAUUUUCAACAAGAUACGUCUAUACCCCAUCAUACACAACAAUAAGAAAGUACAUACACUCCAUCAGCUUUAUCUAACCCACGAUGAUGAAAUUUACCGAAUAGGUUCAAUCGAACCAACCAUAUUCGCUACAUACGAAAUUCAGCUGGAUAAUACAAGUUGUAUACCGAAAUUGUUAAAAGGAGAACCUGCGACUUGCAAUUACACAUCAAACCCAAUCGAAGAAGAAGUCCUUUACCUUGACGAGCGACAUAUACUUAUAAAUACGAUGAAAAAUUUCACUUCAUCAUCUAACUGCGGAAUAACUCAAAGGAAUCUUUCAGGAUCAUUUGUUAUAUUCUUCAGCAACUGUCAACUAUACGUCAACAACGUUUUAUACACAUCGAGAGUACAAACCUUACCAGGUAAUCCAGUUCAACUUCAUUUGGAUGGAGUCGAAAUCAAAAUGCAACAAGAAAUCUUGAACAUUAGUGUGGAACAUCUUCACAAGCUUCAGUUAGAAACUCGAAAGGAAUUGGAAUUGCUUCGUCUAAACAACACCAGUCUGCAUUUUCCACAUUGGAGUAUCUUCGGAGGAAUGGCCAUUUCGCCAUUCAUAAUCGGUUCCCUACCUUUUUUAUGUUUUCUCAUCUACAGAAACAGAACAAUACAAGUCAAUCUUAACAACUCUCAUCCCAACAACUCAUCUCAAGACCAGAAUACAUCAAUGAAACCGGAAGCAGUACAACUACCAUUGGACAACAUCCGACCCACGUUCAGGACUUUGUCAAUCAGAGACGUGAUUCAGAUUGAACCGAAUCACUAAAGGGGGACGAGUUAGCAACGAUCCCGAUCACCUACAUUCUUACACCAGCGGCAUGACGUACCACAUGUUGAAAACAUCAACAACCCGGACCACCAACAUGCACCGAGUCACCAACCACCACCGAGCCAGCGACGCGACGCACCACAUGCUGAUGUUAGCAUUACUGAAUUUGGGCAGCAUGUGUUUACAAACAUGUGUUGUUUUUCAUUCUCAGACCGAUCCAGGACAAUAGGCCACCUUGUUUAGCAUAAAUAAUCUACAUUUGAAAACGAACUGUACCUUUUUAAACUCAGACAAGAAAUAAAGAAUCAGAGUUAUUUUGUGACCCGAACUGUAUAGAUAUUUAACUCGAGUUCUACAGGAAAACGACGAGUUGUGACGUAAUUGUUCCGAUCGAAACGUGGUUGCGCCCAGACGUAGUAAACACUGAGCUUGCAUCAAACUACUGCAUUUUUCGAUGUGACCACGCGGCGGCGGUGCUUUGGUAGCUGUUAAAUCCGAUCUAGGUUGUAGAGCAGUUACGUUAACAAGCUGUGCUCAUCUCGAACA